AGCAAGUUUCAGCUAUAAAUACUGGCCACCGAAGACUUGCCUACUUUAACAAGAUACUCACGUUUUGCCCGGAUUCCCAAGUACUACUAUUCAGAUCUACUAUAUAUUGUGCCCUGCGCAGUCAUCGGCAGACACUGCCUUUCUACAAGUCUUUCUCUCACCAAUCAGCCUCUCUUCUUAAGCUCAUCAGCAAUCAUGGCACCCACUCUUAACGUCACCCAUAUUGGCACUGCUACAGCCAUACUUGAGAUCAAUGGGGUCAAUAUGCUCACUGACCCUUUCUUCUCUCCGGCCGGAACAUCUUUCCCUGUGACCGACAAAUUUUCUCUCAAAGUGGAGGAUGACCCUGCUCUCCGCCUCGAUCAGCUUCCUGUCAUUGAUGCAGUCCUGCUCAGUCAUGAAGACCAUGUCGACAACCUUGAUGACCUCGGUCGCCGCCUACUUGAUGGACGCCGAGUCUUCACUACUGUUGACGGUGCGAAGAACCUCUCCCCUCGGCCCGCAGUUCAUGGCUUCGAGCCCUGGGAAGAAAUGGAAGUUGUCAUUGCCGGAAAGAAGUUCCAGGUUAUUGGCACGCCAACCAAGCACGUCGUUGGUAACGAGUGUACCGGCUUUAUCUUGACCGGGGAGGGCUUUGGUCAUGGUCGCGAUGGUCUCCCUAACGCAAUCUACUUCUCGGGUGAUACUGUUUACGUGGAGGAAUUGAAGCAGAUGGCAGAGCGCUUCCAUAUUUGUGCUGCGAUCGUCAACCUCGGUAAUGCUCAUGCGCCUACGGACAUGACAGACCCAAGCAGCCCCCCUUAUCAGAUCACCAUGGAUGGCAAGCAGGCCGCUCAACUUUUCCGCGAAAUCAAGGCCGACUACCUUGUACCUAUGCAUUAUGAGUCAUGGCAUCACUUCACACAGUUUGGACAAGAGCUGCGUCAGGCUUUCCAGGAGGAAGGAAUCAGUGACCAGGGGAAAGAUGAUUUGGCAGCCCGUGACCUCAAGCACGUGGCCUCAGCCCAAUGCGUUCUUUCUAUUCCUUCUUCCUCUCCCACUUCCCCAACUUGUCCAUAG